AUGGCCAGAAGGAAUUACGAAGACGAUAAUGAUGGAGAACCUCAUUCUAUUAGAUUGCCUGGUUCUUUAUUAGAUCAAAUCAGACAGAAGGAAACCAAAGGGGAUUAUAAUAACGCAGAUGACGAUGAUCGGUUUUCAAAAUUUCAAUCAAACAAAUCCUCCUCUAAGAAACGAAAAGGUGAUGCAUUUGUAACUAGAAAGGAUAAAAGAAAGCAAGAAAGAGAAUUAAAGAAACAAAAGAGAAUAAAAAAGGAUGUAUCUAGCAACUCCACUAAACCCCCAAACAAUAAACAACAAGUCAAGAGCAAACACAAAUCAAGCAAGGAAGAUCCAAUGGAAGCAUUAAGAAAACUAAAAGAGAAGAAGUCAAACGCCACUGCAAAAGAUGAAGACCCCAUGGAAGCAUUAAGAAGGCUUAAAGAAAAGAAAUCCAAAAAGAAUGUAUCACAAGAAGAAGAUCCGUUGGAAGCUUUAAGAAAACUAAAAGAAAGUAAGAAUAAAAUUAAGUCAGCUUCUAAGACAGAUGAUGGAUUCAAGAUUAUCUGUGAAGAUGAUAUUGAGGACGACGAAAUAUCUGAUUUCGAGGACGAUUUUGAAGAUUUGGAAGAAGGCAAUGACUUCGACGAAGAGUUUGAUGAAGAGGAUAUCGCUGAGGAGGACCCAAUGGAAGCAUUACGAAAGUUAAAAGAAAAGAAAAGUAAUUCCAAUAAUCUGUCCGGUAUUAGAAUAGUAAGAGAAGAUGAUUUACAAGACGAUGAUAUAUCAGACUUAAGCGAAGGCCAACACGAGAAUGACUCCAAUGACGAAGAAGAGGAGGAUGAUUUCGAAGGAUUUGAAGAUGACGACGAUGAAGUAGGGAUGGAAGACUUUGAUGAUUCUGAAGAAGAACUCGAAGAAGAGGAAGACCCAUUAGCUAAGUUGAAGGCAUUAAAAGAAGCCAAGAAGAGCAAGAAAGAAAAGACCGAGGAGAAGUCCACCAGACCGUUGAGCUUACGUGAACAAGAGCUAUUCAAACGAGAUGAAGAUGACAUAGAUUACUAUGCCAAAAAAUUGGGUCUCAAGCAUGGUAAGAAAUCAAAACUCAACAAAGCUGACGAUGACGACAUUAUUGGUGGUUUAUUGGAUGGGUUAGAUCUUGAUUUUGGAUCGGAUGCAGAAGUAGAAGUUGAAGAGGAAGAACAAGGCAAUUUUUCAGAUUUCAACGAUCACGACGAUGAAUCUGAUUUCGAAGAAUCCGGCAGUGAAGACGAACCUAAACAGAAGGAAAACCCCUAUGUUGCUCCAGGAACUUCUCAAGAAAAUGAGUCUGAAGAUGGCGCUGCUCCACAAAGAUAUAUCCCACCUGCAUUACGUCGUAAGAUGGCAAUGGAAUCAAAUGCUGUGUCAGAAGAAGUUAUUGCUCUUAGAAAAUCAAUUAAAGGUCCUCUCAAUAAAUUGUCCGAAGCAAAUAUCAACACCAUUGUCAAUGAUUUAAAUUCUUUGUUCUUAUCACAUCCUAGACAUACUUUGAAUGAAGAGAUUACGUCUAUUAUUUUGGACAGCAUUAUCCAACAAGGAAGAUUAUUAGACACAUUUGUUUAUUUGCAUGCAUGCGUGGUGGUUGCACUUUAUCGUUUGGAAGGAGUUGAAUUUGGAGCACAUUUUAUUCAAACUAUUGUUGAAAAAUUUGAAGAUUACAAUAAGCAAGAAUCAAAGACUAAAGAAUGUUCAAAUAUCGUAUCGUUAUUAUCAUCAAUUUAUUUAUUCCAAUUAGUUUCGUCAAAAUUGUUAUAUGAUUUGAUUAAAGUCUUGAUUAAUAACUUGAAUGAAAAUAAUGCUGAUUUAUUGUUAAGAUUGAUUAGAAAUUCCGGAAAUCAGAUGAGAUCAGAUGAUCCAUCAGCAUUGAAAGAAAUCGUUCUUUUGAUUAAUGAAAAGUAUUCCAACUUACCAAAAGAUCAAAUGACAACCAGAACACAAUUCUUGAUUGAAACAAUAUCAACCUUAAAAAACAACAAAAUGAAAGUGGUAAACGAAGCAAAUCAUCAACUUUCAAUCAGAUUAAAGAAAUUCCUGGCUACUAUAAACAACAAUAAAUUCAAUGACCCCAUCCAAGUCUCGCUUGAAGAUAUUCACAACAUCGAAACUCGUGGGAAAUGGUGGCUCAUUGGUUCUGCUUGGAAGGGACAUUCUACCGACGCUUCUUCAACUACCACCGGCCAAGAAGAUGUCAACAAAGCGGCAAUGGAUGAUAUCUUGGACGCAGCAGAACCUAAUUGGAUGGAACUCGCAAGAGCCCAAAGAAUGAACACCGAUAUAAGAAGAGCCAUUUUCAUAUCCAUAAUGUCAGCAAACGAUUAUAUUGACGCCGUAACAAAAUUGGAUAAACUUGCACUUAAACGUUCUCAGGAAAGAGAAAUCCCGAGAGUACUCAUGCAUUGUACUGUAAUUGAACCCACUUGGAAUCCGUAUUAUGGUAUUCUUGCUAAUAAAUUGUGUGACUCACAUUCAUAUAGAAAGACGUUCCAAUUCAUGUUAUGGGAUCUUGUGAAGGAACUAGAUGGUGGAUCAAAUGAUGAUGAUGAGGAUGAUAAUGAAGGAUUUGGAUUUGAUAAUGAAGAUGAAGAAACAAAACUAAAGAGAAUUCUUAAUUUGGGUAGAUUCUAUGGAUAUUUAUUAGCGGAGGGAACUAUGCCACUUCAUAAUUUACGUACUGUCAAUUUUUUGACUGCAUCUACUGAUACUACUUUAUUUAUGGAGGUACUUUUGGUAUCAUUCUUGGAUCAAAUUGGUAAAAAAUCACAAAAGAAUGCUAUUGGUGGUGGUGGUGUCUCCAAGAAAUCGAAAAUGUAUGAACAAAAAUAUGAUGAUAGAAUUUUGGUUGAGAGGUUACUUAAAGCUAAAGAUCAAACUACUUUAUUACGAGGAUUGCAAUAUUUCCUACAAGAAAAAGUCAAGUCAAGUGAUAUAAUAAACGGCAAGAAACAAACUGCAAGAGUCGCGUGGGGUGUAGAUGCCAUGUUUGAUAUCAUUGAUGAAAUCUUAAAGGAUUCUGAAUGA